AUGACCAAAGUUAGUAAGGAUACAAGAUGUCUAGUGACCAUGUUGGAACCGGAAGUAGAAGUGUCAGAAGAGAAAGCAUUGAUGUCUGGCAGACUGGGUCUUACUCUGACCACCAAGGGAUCCUCCAGUCUCGCUGGACACCAGUGGAAAUUAGCAGAUCCUGGACUGUAUGUAGCUCUGUACUAUGGUGAUGGUGAGAAGUCUUCAUCAAAUGUCUUUGUGAAACUGGAAAGAAAAGAUUCAAGCGCCAUCAAUUUUUAUUGCGGAGAGGGUGAGGAGCUUUUUGUUACUCUGUACCUACCUGAGUGGAGAGAUGGAAAAAGCAAAGAAAAAGAUAUAAUACGUACACACUUUAAACGUAUCAUUGAAUCAGCUGCAGAGAGGAAGAACACAUCACUCACUAUUCUUUUGGAUGACUGUGAACCAAUUGGAUGGGUACAUAAGAAAGCAUACACAACAUUAGUCAAAAGCACUCUGUUUGUUCUGAUGUCUGAGAAUGCUGUGGGCUGUUCUUGUUCCUAUUUAACGAAGAAACAAGAGAUGUUUUUGGGGUGUAAGGAAGUAUUUGAUGGCAGAUUUAAAGAUGCUACACCAGUCUCUGUAACAGAUCAACAAGACAAAAUAGAACAAGGAUGGGAGAUGGUAAAUUCUGAUGUCAGAGAAAAGAAACCUGUUAUUGUUGUACACCGUGGAGAAUUAGCAAAGAUGACAAGCGAGGUAAUUGUAAACACUACAAGCAAUGAUCUAAGAUUGGAAUAUGGUGCUGUAUCUAGUUCUAUACUGAAAGGAGCAGGACCAGAAAUACAGAGAGAGUGUAACCAGUAUCACCAUAGUGUUGCGUAUGGGCAGGUGGUAGUCACACAUGGGUACAGGCUGCAGUGUAAAAACGUCUUUCAUGGAGCUUUGCCAACUUUUCAAAAGGACAGAAAUUUGGAGUAUAUGAAGCAGUUUAUGUGGAAUUGUCUGAUGCAAGCUGAUAAGAGGGAGCGUAAAGAAAUAUCAUUUCCUGCCUUGGGUACUGGUAACCUUGGUUAUCACAGGAGAGAUGUAGCCAGUACUAUGUUUGAAACGGUUACCAGCUUCUUUAGUAAACAUCAGGAUUCCUCCACAGGUGCUAUGCCAGUACUACCUUUGUCAGGAGAAAACAGUCUGCAGCUGCAGUAUGGUGCCAUUGACCUCUGGCUGACCUUUGGAUCGAUUGUCAAUUCAAAUGCUGAUUGCCUCCUUAUCUUCUGGGAUUCUGCUUCGCUCUUCAAGGAACCAUGGACAUAUUCCUACUUCAAUGAAAGUGUAAAUCCAAGAGGAGUCAGGGAAUUGGUGCAGAAACGUGCAGAUUUGAUGAAAAACAGAGUGCCAUGUGUGACAAAUGCUGGGUCUCUCCCUUUUAAAUCGGUGAUUCAUUGUUUUAUCAAGGAGGAUAUCCAGUUAGAAAUGGUGAUGUCAGCCUUGAAUGAGGCUGAUGAUGGCAAGUUCACUUCUGUUGCCUUAUCUCUUGGCAAGAAAGAAUCACUGACACAAUUGAAAGUCAAGGUUAUGCAUCAAUUCCAUGAUGCAUUAAAACAAUUUACUGGAGGGAACAAGACCUUGAGGAGUGUACAGAUAGUUUUUGAUUCAGUAGAUAUAUACAAGACCAUGGAAUCACAUGUAAAGUCCGAGUUUGUUGACAAACUUGUGGGAAAAGAUAUUAUGACAGGUGAAGAUACUUUAGGAGCUACUGGAGGUGUUAAGAGUAGGAGUAACACUAAGGAGACUAUUUCUGCUGGAAACUCCACUAAGACAAUCCACGAAACGAAUUUGAUUGUUUGUGGCACAGUGGAAAAAGACAUUGAGGCAGCCAUACAGAAACUCCAUAACACAAUCAGUGAUUUACAGAGGAAACGGGAGACACAACAGACAUCAUCUGUGACUGUCACUGCAGAACAAUCCAGUCCCCCGCCAGAACUGCCUCCAAGAAAACGGAAGGAAAAAGGAGAAUAUGAAGAAAAACGCUUGAUACUAAAAUCCAAACAUCAAACGACAUUAUACAAAGCAGAAGUUGAAGAUUGGUUGAGAAAAAACGUACAACGCUUUACUGUUGUUUGUCCCUUCCUGGAAGAUAUGGAAGCACUGAUUGUACUUCAGUCUGUUAAUGAUGCUGAAAAGCUACUUAAACAAUCUGCUGAUCAAUAUGUGAUUGAGAAGUUCCCUCCCCAGACUGUUCAAAACAUAGAAGCUACUCUAAAAAAAGCCAUUGUUGACAGAAUCUUGCAUAACCAAAGACUUGAAGAGGUAAAGUCAGCAAUUUGCAGAGCAUCUGGAGCGACCUGCUCAGAAGAAAAUGGAACCUUUAUUCUGCGAGGAAGUUUACCAGAGAUUAAGUGUGCCUACACAUAUAUAGUCAAAAUCACAGAGGGUGGAAAUAGUGGCCACCGUGGAAAUCAAAGUCACACAGAUGGGAAUGAUGAUUCUCAAGGCAAUACAGAGAGAUCCAGUGGUUUAGGCAAUGGACAUAACAGGUAUACAAAAACAGAUAACCCUAACAGAGGAGCUGAUGGAUCCUCAAGUGACACUGACAGAGGAAGAAAUAGACAAGGUACUGACCAAGAGAGCAGAAUACCCAACCAGAAAAGUUCUUCCAUGCGUAAAGCUGUAGAUGACCAACAAGAAAGAGUGUUGAGCAGUCAUGAAAAAGGUGAAGUAGGCCAAAAAGGUCACAACAAGGGAGAUAUACAGAAGACAUUUUACAUUGACAGGAAAGAUAAGAAUGGAAGUUGUAACAAUGAAGAAGGACAAAAGCAUGAAAGAAGAAACAAGGAACACGUUUCAGACAAGGAACACGUUUCAGACAAGGAACACGUUUCAGGAGGGGUGAAUACUACAACAGAGGAAAAUGUGGAUUUUGAUAACGAAGCAGUGUUCAACAGGUCUGGAGAUGUAGAUAACUCAAAAUGUACAUCAGAACAGUUCCAAGAGGUGUGCUUUUUCAAUCCAGGGAUAACCAGUGAUGUGAAAAUCACAUUUAGUGAAGAUAACACAGUAUGCAUACAGGACAUUAAUGGAAGAUUCAGAAGAGCAAUAGAUCAGCUGGAACGUUAUCCUAGAAGAAAUGUUAAAAACCUGAAUGAGUCAGAGGUGAAACAUUUUCAAACUCAUCUCAAACAAGAGAAGGAGUACAUGUCUACCAUGAAAAUAUUUUGUGAGUAUAACCAAUGGGACAAACAAGUCGAACUUGUUGGAGAGAAGGCUGAUCUUGUCGAGCAGGCUGCACAGAUGGUACUAAAAGCCAUUAAAAGGCCUUAUAAUCAAAUUGAAAAGAAACAAAUGAAAUCAUUUCCAAGUGGGAGAAAAAGAGAGACAGCACCAUCAGGGUCUGAAGUGUUGCAGACAAAGGAUGGAUUAAAGGUGUUUGUGUAUGAAGGAAACAUCCUGGAGGUUGAUGUAGAUGUACUUGUGCAUGGCACAAAUGAGAAACUAGACAAUUCCUACGGUCUGUCACAUGAAAUCUUUCUGGCUGCUGGAUCUGAAUAUGAUGAAGCAUGCCACAAUAUAUUUACUAGUUGUAAGCUUAACAUGGGUGAUUGUCAUUUCACCACUGCUGGAAAACUUCAUUACCAAUGCAUCAUUCACGCUGUCCAUCCAGUAUGGGCUGAUUAUAAGAACUUAGGAAGAGAGGCUGACAAGAGAGAAAUAUACCAGAAUGAUCUCAGCAAGACAAUUAUCAAUGCUUUGAAUGAGGCCACAAAUGUCAGAGCUAGAUCUCUUGCACUUCCUGCUAUAGGAUCUGGAAAUUGUCCAACAGAUGUUCUUACUGGUGCAUUCAGAGAGGCUGUCAUGACCUGGUCUGAAACUGACAAUAUGUCUGUAUUGACGGAAAUCCAUUGUGUUGAUAAGAACCAGGAAAUUGUGAAGAAGAUAACAGCUGAGUUCCAGAGAAAACUGAAAGUAGUGUCUACAUGUAAAGCUACCAGUGUAAGCAAAAAACCCAAAGCUGGUAAUUAUCCUGGCUUUCAGAGGUACCCAUCUUGUUACCCUCUAUGGCUAUCAAAAAAUGACACUGGCGGAACAUGCAUGCUGUCUGAAAAGCUCAUUGUGUGUAUUAUGAAGGGAACAUAUGUAGAAACAAAAACUUCAGCUCUGGUCAGUAUCGAAGAUGAGAAGUUUAGCUCUGUUCGAUAUGUCGCAAGGGAAAUCGCAAAAGUAGCAGGUGAUAGGUACAGAACGGAAAAGGAUGAAAUGAAAAAGAAAAAGAAACAUUACAAUAUAUCAGAUAUUGUUUGUACAAGUGCCGGGAGGUUGAAUAAAGUUUCACAUGUGCUGCAUGUGAUUGGACCUGUUUCUGACAAAGCCAUAUCAGAAAAUGAUAAGUUAUUCAAGUGUUUCGCUGACAACACCAGGGCAUGCAUAUACAAGUUGCUGGAGAAGGUGUAUGAAAUGGACCUAGAUUCUGUUGCUAUUCCAUCAUUUGCAACAGGUACACUUAAACCAGGACAAUCAGAUCACAUUUGGCAGAUCUGUGUAGAAGAGCUGGAGAAGUUUGCCACCAGACAGCAGCAGAACACAAAUUCAAAAUUAAAGACAAUUUAUUUAGUGGGUGGAACUGACGAUACACAGUUCUUAUUACAAAUGUUUAAUUCCAAGGCAGUGCAGCUAUCAGGGAGACACCAACACCCAAGGUCGUAUCGGAAGGCUUUCUUGGGAGACACCAACAUCCAGGGUAGUAUCGGACAGCUGUCUAUGGAAACACGAAGAUCCAGGGUCGUAUCGGACAGCUAUCAGGGAGACACCAACAUCCAGGAUCGUAUCGGACAACUGUCUAAGGAGACACCAACAUCCAGGGUCUUAUCGGAACGGCUGUCUAGGGAGACACCAACAGCCAGGAUCGCAACAAGACGACUGUUAAGGGAGACACCAACAGCCAGGAUCGUAACAGUGCAGCUGUUGAAGGAAACACCAACAGCCAGGAUCGUAACAGUACAGCUGUUGAGGGAGCCACCAACAGCCAGGCUUGGCCCUGAAAGUAAUCCAAGGAUUCUGCUUCACCAGGACGCCAGUCCACAUCAACCGACUUCCAGCCGUGCUCGAGCGUGGCUCUUAACCCUUCCCGAAUCCACCCUAUUCUACAGUCCUAGCAUUCAGCGACUUUCACCUCUUUCACAGAAUGCCACAAUACCUUCGUAG